AUGUCCCGUCAAAUGGCAACCAAGAUCAUAUUGUCUCUCCAUGCCCCUCCCCGAAUCUUGACUGUCUCCUGCACGGAAAGGACACUACGCAAGAAGAAAUUCGUCGCUGGAGGUCGCCGGGUCUUGACAAUUGACCUGUCCUCGGUUCCUAUCUGUUUCCUCGAGGACAGACAUGCGCAAUUCUACAAGUUGGACUGCGACGAAAGUCACUAUGGCAAUCCGAAGAAGGGUGACGGAAUAUAUGCGCGUCCAUUAGAGCCCUUUGAAGAUCCAGCUAAUCAAGCAGCAAACGGCCGACUUGAGCGGCUCCGAACAGAGCACCUCAUGCGGGACCUUCGUCGGGUCGUUUCGGAUGACUUGCGAGCACCAGCGGAGGAACGUAUCGACACCGUCGAGAUCGGCCCAGAGCCACCCAGUGAGGUGCUUAAAGCGCUGGAUGGACUGUGCCCGAAUCAUCUCCGUUCUUGGGCCGCUUGGGAAGAAGAGAUCCGCCUCCACUCCCUCACCACCAUCAAGAACCGAUGGACAAACCUUGAAAGCCUCUAUCUCAUCGGGGAAUGCACAGGAUGGUACCCUGAUUCUCCAAAUAUUAUUGACGGAAAAUAUCUGCCCGACUACCCCAAAAUCAUUACCCAGAUCGAGGCGCUGACGAUGCGUUAUUGCUUAGGCUUCCGAUUCGACGGGGACAUCUUGCCCAUGAAGUUCAAGCGCUUCAAAAUCAUAAACAACGAUGUCAUGGAUACGUUUAUUUACGCGUGUAUGAACAUCCCAGGCUUCGCGGACCGGCUGGAGACGUUGCACAUUGCCAGCAACGGUGGGUGCGAUUUCAAUGACCACGACCUCGACACGUUCCACAAGCAUUUGAUCAAAUGCUCGAACCUGCGCGACCUCACCCUCAUUCUAGGAGGACCUGACCAGACGGAUAUUGGCAUGGCUCCAUUUAUCCCGAAGUCGGUGGAGUAUCUGGCCUUCCAUUGCUCAACAUCCGACGAGAUGCUAGAGGAUCUGGAUACUUGGGUCGCAUGUGCAGCUGAUCCGACAUGGGCACCUUGGUUAAAGGUCUUCGCCGUUAAUACAGACGCCAUGAAGCGCCAUAUUUCGGCAUUUGACGUGAAGUUGCAGGGUGACGUUGACCCACCAAAGGUCUCGGAGUUCGAACACAAGUUGGAUGUAAUCUGCAAGGCACUCAAGUCAAGGGUUCCGCCAGUGGAGAUCUUUAUUUGA